AAAUCCUUUAGAGAAAUAGGCUGUCUAGGAACUUUUCGAGAACUUUCUUCGGUUUUCUUCCGGGGUGGAGCCGUCACCUGCAGCAGAAAGUUCGAGCAGGGUUCGAGGAAUAUAAAAGAUGCUCGCAUCUGCAUACCUCCUCCUCAUCCAAACGACAAUGUCUGUCUACUACUACGAGCCCUUCUAUAACUUUGACCGUCUUUUUGACGCGUUCACUCGUCCUGCGAGCCAACAGUUACAGGCAGCGCAGGACAAUACCGCUACGGCGACGUUGAAGCCCAGGUACGGCUUUGUUAUUCACUCGGUCGAUAGUCUCUCACAUCUGCUUUACAGAAUGGACCUCCACGAAGACUCCGCCAAAAACAUCGUCACCGCGACGUUCGAGCUGCCCGGCCUCAAGAAGGAGGACGUGCAGAUUGACGUGCACGAUGGCCGCCUGACUAUCUCCGGAGAGAGCAAAAUCUCGUUGGAGCACGAGGAGAAUGGCUAUGCCGUUCGGGAGCGCAAGUUUGGCAAGUUCUCCAGGACGCUGAGGCUUCCCCAAGGAGUCAAGGAGGAGAUUAAGGCCUCCCUUGACAAUGGCGUGUUGACGGUGACGUUCCCCAAGGCGUCUCCAGAAACAGCGCCAAAGAAGAUCACAAUUUCGUAGAUAUUUUAUGGUAUUUUGUAGUUUAUUAUAACGCGAACAGAAAUCUGUAUUCUGUUAGUUAACACGAUGGGAAUGGGAAUAGGAAGUACUCAUUUAAAUACCGGAGUGACUGUCAG